GGCGGUCACGUGGGGCUCAGCGGGGGCGCGCGGGGGAAGCUGGGCCAAGAUGGCGACCCUGAGGAAGGUGGUGCCGCGGAGACUGGUGGGCUUGGCGUCUCUCCGGGCUUUGGGUUUACCCAGAUUAAAUCUGGUAAAUCAAAGUUAAUUUGAAGAGUUACAGUAUUAAGAAGAACAGAAGAAAAGAGGGAAAAGAAGCCUCAUAUUGUUUGGUGGUCAGCACCUCUUCUCUGGGUACUUUUCCAAAGCAAGUGAAAAUUGUGGAAGUUGGUGCCCGAGAUGGACUACAGAAUGAAAAGAAUAUUGUAUCUACUUCUACAAAAAUCAAGCUGAUAGACAUGCUUUCAGAAGCAGGACUCCCUGUUAUAGAAGCCACCAGCUUUGUGUCCCCCAAGUGGGUUCCCCAGAUGGCUGACUGUGCUGAAGUCUUGAAGGGCAUCCAGAAAUUUCCUGGCAUCAACUACCCAGUCCUGACCCCAAAUAUCAAAGGCUUCCAGGCAGCGGUUGCUGCUGGAGCGAAGGAGGUGACCAUCUUUGCAGCUGCCUCGGAGCUGUUCACCAAGAAAAACACCAAUUGCUCCAUUGAUGAGAGUUUACAGAGGUCCGACGACAUCUUCAGGGCAGCUCGGGCCGCCGGUAUCCCUGUGCGUGGGUAUGUCUCCUGUGUACUUGGAUGCCCCUAUGAAGGCAAGAUCUCCCCGGCUAAAGUAGUUGAGGUCACCAAGAAGAUAUACUCAAUGGGCUGCUAUGAGAUCUCCCUGGGGGACACCAUCGGUGUGGGAACCCCAGGGGUUAUGAAGGACAUGCUGUCUGCGGUCAUGCACGAGGUUCCUGUGUCUGCUCUGGCUGUCCACUGCCAUGACACCUAUGGCCAGGCCCUGGCCAACACCUUGAUGGCCUUGCAGAUGGGAGUGAGUGUGGUGGACUCUUCCGUGGCAGGACUUGGAGGCUGUCCCUAUGCACAGGGGGCAUCUGGAAACUUGGCCACUGAGGACCUUGUCUACAUGCUGUCUGGCUUGGGCAUUCACACAGGUGUGAACCUCCAGAAGCUCCUGGAAGCUGGAACCUUUAUCUGCCAAGCCCUGAACAGAAAAACCAGUUCCAAAGUGGCUCAGGCUACCUGUAAACUGUGAGUCCCUUUGGGGGACUCUGUGGGAAUAGGGGCACACAUGAAUGAUUCGGGAAAGGGCACAUGGGAAUGAAAUGAACAGGAGCAGGCACCUGCCUGGCAGGUCUGCACCUAGGUCUCUCCUGCAGAGGGGAGGUGGGAGGUAAGGGACAGGAGCUGCUUGGCCCCAGGCCCUCCCUGCCAGACCCUGGUUGGAGUCAGAAGCCUGAGCGCCUGCGGGUCUCCUUGGAUCCACCCGCCCAGGAGUUGAAAGCCUGGGGGCUCCCUGGAACCAAGUUCCCUGGUGCUGAGGCCUCAUCUCCGGGCGAAGUCGGUCAGCUAGCUACACAGCCUGACCCUGCUGUGGCCAUCGCUGAGUCCGGAGAGCAAAGGGGCCUGGAGGAGUUACUCCCAGGCUGGCAGAGGGCCUUUGCGGAAGGGCUUGAGGCCUGAGCUGCUCUGCUGACCACCUGCCAACCCUUCCAAGCGUCUUUGGAAAAUGUCCCCUCUGAACAUGAUGUUUGAACACAGCUUAUGUAAUUAAAGGUCUGAUGACACGGAA